AUGUGCACCGAAACUUUCAGUUACCUGGCGAGUGACCAACUUUAUGCCGGUGCUCUCCACAUUUUCACAGCUUUUGAAGUCCCAGUUCACUUAUUUGGUGCCUAUAUUAUCAUUUUCAAAACACCGGAUAAAAUGAAAUCAGUUAGAACUAGCAUGCUUUCACUUCACCUGGUUGGAGCUUUUGUGGAUUUUUUUACUAGUUUUCUUACGGCGCCAGUCCUAAUUUUACCGGUUUGUGCAGGCUAUCCACUGGGAGUUUUAGGAAUGUUAGGUAUCCCAACAAGUGUUCAAACGUAUUUCGGUCUCUCAUUUUUAGCAGUGCUUGCUUCGGCGGUGAUUUUAUUCUUUGAAGAACGAUAUCACAAGCUGGCCAACGUGCAAAGGUCAAGCGGAAGAAAAAGUUUCUCAAGAAAAUGUUACGCAAUUGGGCAUUACAUGUUCGCGAUGCUUUUUAUUUCUCCUUGCUAUUUCAAUAUUCCCGAUCAAGAAAUCGAGAAAUUAACUAUCAAUGAACGAAUACCCUGCUUGCCAGAAGAAAUCCUCUCCCGUACUGGCUUUUUCAUUCUGUCAAUUGAAAACAGGGAAAUGUAUAUAAGUCUUGCAUUAUUGAUUUCUGUUCUCGUUCCUGAAGUAUUGUUUUUUGUUCUUUCUAUCUUCUGGCACCUUUUUAAUAUAAAGUCACAAUCACGGGCAACCAAUCGACUCCAAAAGCAAUUGUUUUUUGCAAUGUGCUUGCAAGUAUACAUUCCUUUUAUGGUCGUAACCAUACCUGCGGCGUAUUGUAUAUCUUCAAUAGUUUUUGGUCAUUACAACCAGGCUGCUACAAAUCUUGCCAUGUCUUCAAUAGCAGUUCAUGGAAUCCUAUUAACAAUUACCAUGCUCAUUGUGCACGCACCUUAUCGUCAAGCGGUCUUAGAAAUAAUUUGCAAUCGUUCAAAAAUGGCUACUAUUAAUAACCCACAAAUUUGGAAAACUGUCAAUGAAACAAAAUUGUGA